GUUUCAGGUCAUAUGGAAGGCAUCCUGACUCCACCUUCAAAAAAGAUCUUAUAACUAAAGGAAAUGUGCCGCAGUCUUGAUUCAACUUUACAACCUGAGCUGAGCUGACCUGCUCCUGAGACCUUCGACUCUUCUGCUUCUGUUCAGCACCAAGUGACUCACACAAGACCUCAUCAUGGUGUCGAUGGGCCGACAGAUGCUGGGCUUUGUCCUGGCCAUCAUUGGUUUCCUGGGGACCAUCAUUGUGUGUGCCCUGCCCAUGUGGAAGGUCACAGCCUUCAUUGGAGCCAAUAUUGUGACGGCGCAGGUCAUCUGGGAAGGUUUGUGGAUGAGCUGUGUGAUGCAGAGCACAGGCCAGAUGCAGUGCAAGAUCUACGACUCCCUGCUGGCUCUAAAUGAGGACCUUCAGGCUGCCAGAGCUCUUGUGGUCAUCGCCAUCAUCGUCGCUGCCUUUGGGAUCCUCCUGGGGAUUGCAGGAGGCAAGUGCACCAACUUUGUGGAGGAUGCACGUGCUAAAGCCAAAGUGGCCAUCGCUGCUGGAGUCGUCUUCAUUUGUGCCGGAGUUCUCAUCCUCAUCCCCGUCUGCUGGUCUGCAAACACCAUCAUCAGGGAUUUUUACAACCCCCUGUUGACCAACGCUCAGAGGAGGGAGCUCAUCAUGGUGUCGGUGUGUCGACAGACGCUGGGCUUUGCCCUGGCCUUCCUUGGUUUCCUGGGGACCAUCAUUGUGUGUGCCCUGCCCAUGUGGAAGGUCACAGCCUUCAUUGGAGCCAAUAUUGUGACGGCGCAGGUCAUCUGGGAAGGUUUGUGGAUGAGCUGUGUGAUGCAGAGCACAGGCCAGAUGCAGUGCAAGAUCUACGACUCCCUGCUGGCUCUACCUGAGGACAUUCAGGUUGCCAGAGCUCUUGUGGUCAUCGCCAUCAUCGUCGCUGCCUUUGGGAUCCUCCUGGGGAUUGCAGGAAGCAAAUGCACCAACCUUGUGGAGGGUACACGUGCUAAAGCCAUAGUGGCCAUCACUUCUGGAGUCGUCUUCAUUUGUGCCGGAGUUCUCAUCCUCAUCCCCGUCUGCUUGUCUGCAAACACCAUCACCAGGGAUUUUUACAACCGCCUGUUGACCAACGCUCAGAGGAGGGAGCUGGGGGCUGCGCUUUACCUCGGCUGGGGCGCAGCUGCAGUGCUCAUCCUGGGUGGUGCUCUCCUCUGCAGCAGCUCCUGCCCUCCCAAAGAGUCAGAGUACCCGGUCAAGUUCUCCAGUGCCAGGUCCACCAGCCGAGCCUACGUCUGA